CCUUCCGUCUCGCCGCCAUAAAAGAUGCCCAUCGCCGCACACUUCCUCCGCCACCACCGCCGCUCCCGCUCGUAACUGUGCUAGCUCGAGCAUGCGCCGGCGACAACGAUGCGCUUCUCCAAACCCAACUGGCUCGUCCACGGCGGCGAGAAGAAGGACCACGAAGUCUACAGCUGCCACGUCUCGCCCGAUGGAACGCGACUGGCCACCGCCGCCGGCGAUGGCCACGUGCGCAUCUGGUCGACCGAUGCCAUCUUGAAUGCCUCGAACCCAGCCUACACCAAGCCCAAGCAGCUCGCGGCCCUCUCAAAUCACUCCGGCACCGUGCAUUCGGUGCGCUUCAGCGGCAACGGCAAGUUUGUGGCCUCGGGUGCCGACGACAAGAUAGUAUGUGUUUACACGCUGGAUCCGGGUCCGCCGUCGCAUUCGACUUUCGGCACCAACGAGACGCCGCCCGUCGAGAACUGGCGCAUCUGGCGCCGGCUUAUGGGACAUGACAACGAUGUGCAAGAUUUAGGUUGGAGUUGUGACAGCUCAAUCCUCGUGUCCGUCGGGCUGGACAGCAAAGUGGUCGUCUGGUCAGGAACCACCUUCGAAAAACUCAAGACGCUGUCGCAGCAUCAGAGUCAUGUGAAGGGCAUCACAUUCGACCCGGCUAACAAGUACUUUGCGACAGCGAGCGACGAUCGCAGCAUCAGAAUUUAUCGUUUCACACCGCCGCCGCCAGGCGCAACGGCCUAUGACCAGACCAGCAAUUUCACUUUGGAACACACUGUAACCGAUCCCUUCAAAACCAGCCCACUUACCACAUAUUUCCGACGCUGUUCAUGGAGUCCAGAAGGUGCACAUAUUGCUGCGGCGAAUGCCGUCAACGGCCCUGUCAGUUCGGUCGCCAUCAUUACCAGAGGCACUUGGGAUAGUGAGAUCAACUUGAUCGGCCACGAGGGACCGGUGGAGGUCUGCGCGUUCUCGCCGAGGCUAUUCUGCAGAGAUCCUCCACCUGAAGUGAUACCCAAGGACUACCAGUCACCUGGAGCGGUGACAGUCGUGGCAUGUGCGGGACAGGACAGGACAGUCAGUGUCUGGAACACUUCUUUUCCGCGACCUUUCGUUACGACCGCCGAGCUCUGCGCGAAACCUAUCAGCGACAUGGCAUGGAGCGCCGAAGGAGAGACACUGUACGUGACAUCUCUCGACGGGACAAUAGCCGCCAUGGCGUUUGAGAAAGGCGAGCUCGGGUAUCCUGCGCCGAACGCAGAUUACGACAAGGCACUCGCCAAAUUCGGCGCAGGCCGACGUGUCGGCAUCGUGGAGAGCACAGAUGCGCUCUUAUUAGAAAACAAGAGCAAGGAUUCGGAGAUGAAUAGGGUCGAAGGCAGGAUGGGAGACCUCAUGGGAGACGCAGGACCGACAACAAAUGGCUUGACAAACGGAGACGCCCCCAUGGCCGACGCACCAAACGGUGAGAUCGCGACUCCGCCUGCGCCUGGCCCUCCGAAAGACCCCCAAGUCGAGCGUGUCGAGAAGCUGAAGCAACGCGUGACGAUCACGAAGGACGGCAAGAAGCGUGUAGCGCCGCUCCUCUUGUCUUCGUCCAACACGGGAGAGUCCAACCUUCCUCGCCCUCAACUACAAGCUGCCGUUCGUCAAGGGCCGGGCGCAUCAGACGAGCCAGCGCAUACAUUAGAUCUCAGCAAACCAUACGACGGACUUCCUCCUGGCGGUUUAGCCACACUACUGAUGGGCAAUAAGCGAAAGUAUGCAGAAGUGACGGACGAAGAUGGCGAGAGCAGUCGCAACGAUAAGCGCAUACGUUCCAUGCAGCAGGCUGGUGCGACUCCUGUUGUCCAUAAUACGGACGACGGUCUUGCACUCGCGAGUAGUGCCACAGCGAAAACCAAUGAGCUUCCCGACGUCCUCCGCCCUGCUCUCAUCAACCCUAGCAUUGCCGUCAGCCAGACGAGGCUUGCUGUACCACUGCUGCGAAGCGUAAUUACGAGACCUCUGGACUCGAGACAGCCGGCUCCGGAGCAGCAGUCUGUAGUCGAGGACAGCGAAGCAGCAAUUGUCUUCGAAGCAAGAAACGCAACGGGCGCGUCGCGGACAGGACGUGCAGCGGAUAAGGACCCUACACGUAUCACCUUGUCCAAGCGUGGACAAAUUCUCUGGCAGGACUUUCUCCCUCGGGCAGUGCUUCUCGUCACCGGCAACAGGAACUUUUGGUCAGCUGCUUGCGAAGACGGUAGUCUGCAAGUCUGGACGCCGGCCGGUCGCCGCUUGCUCAGUGCUCUCGUCCUCGAGGCACAACCUGUGAUAUUGGACUGUCGGGGCUGGUGGCUCUUAGCAGUGACUGCAGUUGGUCACUGUUAUGUCUGGAAUGUCAAGACCAUGGCUGCUCCUCAUCCACCCGUACACCUCGCUCCGGUCUUGGAUAUGGCCGCAUCAUCUCAACAAGGCCAUCUUGUUGGCGGCCCAAGUAUUAUGUUCGCCCGAUUGAAUAGUCAAGGUCGCAUAAUCAUCGGGAUGUCGAAUGGCGACGGGUAUGCGUACAAUUCAGCAAUGUACGUUUGGCAGCGGCUCAGCGAAGCCUGGUGGGCUGUAGGCUCGCAAUACUGGAAUACAACCGACACGUCUCUUGCUUCCAUUUCUACCAGCAAGAACAAGGGCAAGGAGAAAGACGGUUCGACGUUUCUGGACGAAAUCAAUCCAGAGAACAUUUCAGCCGGUAUCAUCCCGCUACUAGAGCGGACUACCACAUCUCAUGCCAUCAUGAAGGGCAGAGGAUACUUCCUGCAGCGACUUGUUAAGCAGUUAUUGUCGGCCGAGGGCUUUGAAGGCUUCGAAAGCGCCGUCUCCAUUGCACAUCUCGAGAAUCGGCUUGCUGCUGCUCAAAUGCUCAGUGGCCGGGAUGAAUUUCGGGUAUAUCUUGUCAUGUACGCGAAGCGAAUCGGUGCCGAAAAUCUCCAGAAAAAGGCAGAAGAAUUGCUCCGCGGACUCGCAGGACGGCUGUUCGUGGACGAAGGAGAGGAUGAAGAUCUGCCAGGCGUAGAUUGGGGACCUGAUGACGAAAUUGUCGGCUGGAAGCGCGAAGCGCUGCUACAAGAGGUCAUAUACAUUCUGGGUAAGUAUAGGGACAUGUCCCGGGUGACAACGCCGUACGAUGCGUACGUGAGAGCCAUCAAAGAUACGGAUAUGGUCCAUGUCGGGGAGCAGGCCACGCCUUAGAGCGGCAGCCAAAAGCACGGCCCUGCCACUGUCGGACACAGAUCCACAGACAUUGGCAAUACAUCUAAUAUGGAUGUUAAUGCUUCAGCAACAGAGAAUAUGGAUGCCCCAGCAACAGGGAAUAGCGACUCACCAGACCGAAUGUCUCCCAACUCUGGCGUUCGUCCAGCUGUCGCUGCAGUGGGAACAGUUCUCGCUUCAGUUGGCCGGCCUGCAGCUGUGCCCAUAGCAACAUCGGUAUCGAGCUUACCAGCAGGGAACGCAUUGACCCCAAGUCGAGGGGGAAAUUCUUUGGCGCAAGAUGUAGCCAAUCUUGGACACGUGCCUACCAAAAGUGGGCAUAACGUAUUUGCGCUGCAACUCAUGGAGGGCAAAACCCGGUCACGGAGCAAGAAGGAUGACCAGAGAUGAUGUGACUAUUAUUGUAAUAGUAGUAGCAGGAUGCUAAGAUAUUGAUCGAUGGAAGGACUAUCACGUGAUGGGGAGAUGACUUUGAUGAGCGCUUACAGUCGCAAAUACAUUGGUUGUAUACGUC